AUGGAAAAAGUACCAGGACAACAGGGAAAAAUAAUUCAAGAAAAAUUGUUAUAUUUAAUUGAAAAAAAUGUUGGAUUCCAAACCGCGAAGCAGAUAACAACAAUUUUGUCAGGUAAAGAAAACAGUAUUAUGCCAUCUAAUUUAACUCCUUCUAUGUGUUCAUGUAUGAAGUUUGCACCGAUAACUUCGGUGGAUGUAGAAAGGUCUUUUAGUACGUAUAAGUCAAUUCUAACUGAAAAAAGAACUUCCAUGACAUCAGAAAACAUGGAAAAAUAUAUUAUUGUUCACUGUUAUGAAAAUUAUUAA